AAAUCAUAGAUUAAUGAUAGGAUGAGGCCAACUGCCAGUGCCAAAUACCAAAUAAAUCCAAAAAAUAAACAAAUAAAAGUUUCAAUUUUCUAUAAUUAAUAUUGUAUGAAGCCAUAUAAUUACAAAAACUGUGUACUAAUUAAAAAAUCCUUUAACAAAAUUUAAUUUAAGAUGUCGUUUUCAUUUGGAUCUGCUACAACGCAAACUACUGGUUUCGGUACAGCCGCUAAACCUACAUUUUCAUUUGGUAGUACGAACACAGCCACUACUAGUACAGCGGGGUUUGGUGGUUUUGGGACAACUACGUCGUCUGCGGGAUUUGGGGCAUUUGGUGCGCCAACAUCUAGUGCAGCUCCUUUCGGUGGGCUUGGCACCGCAACAACCACUGCACCAUCUAUUUUCAGUGGGACAGGGUUUGGAGCCGCUGCUGCAAAACCAGCUUCAGGAUUUGGCACAGGGGCAUUUGGAACCAACACCUUUGGAACUGGUACAGGCACAGCGUUUGGAGCUGGUACCUCAACGUUUGGUACUGCUGCACCAGCAUUUGGCACUGCAGCACCAGCAUUUGGCACUGCCGCACCAGCAUUUGGCACUGCAGCACCAGCAUUUGGCACUAAUACGCUAGGCGGAGGCACUUUUGGCACUGGCACUGGUUUUGGAUCCACAUUUGGGAAACCAGCUACAACUGGUUUUGGAGGGUUUGGCACUGGACUUGGCACUGGACUUAGCACUUUUGGGCAGCAACCGCAGCAACAACAACAGCAGCAACAACAACCGCAAGGGCCGACGAACGCGCACGAGGCGUUGAUAGCGUCCGUGUUCAACUGUUGCGUGUUUGGUGACGAGAGGGACCAAGUGCUCGCCAAGUGGAACCUGUUGCAAGCGCAGUGGGGAACUGGUCAGGCAUUCUACAGUCGUAAUGCCCCACCUUUAGAGCUCAAUGAACAGAAUCCACUUUGUCGCUUCAAGGCUGUUGGAUACUCGCGAUUAGGAGGCAAAGAGGAUAAAGACGGACACGUGGCCUUGCAGUUUAAUAAACCAGAACAGGAAAUCAAGACAAAUCAACAAUCCCUUACAGUUUCACUAUCUGGCCUAUUGGGGAACAAACCAAACUUGGUUGUCAAUAUAGACUCCAUAAAGGGUGUAUCUGAAUCUAAAAGUCUGGUGGUGAUAUAUGUGACAGACAAAGCGGCCAACAAUGUCCACAUAAGCGCGUCGGAGCUAGGUGCGUUCCUGAACGCUGGGGCGGCGCGCACCGCGUUGAACAACGCGGGCUGCUCCAGCGUCACCCCGGUCACGCGCCCCGCGCCGCAGAUGUUGGAGCAAUACCUGCAGACUCCACCACCCGGUAUGGACAUGAGGCUCUGGAAACAAGCUCAGGCUGACAACCCUGACCCUGACAAUUACAUCCCAGUACCUAUCAUUGGAUUCACUGAGAUAAAGUUCCGAGCGCGCUGUCAAACGGAGGAAGCGGCGCUGCAAGCGAGCUGGCUGAAGCGCGCCGCCGACACGCUCGCGGAGCUGCGCACGCGCCGCGCCGCCGCCGCCGCCACGCUCGCGCGCCUUAACGCGUCUUUGCACACGCUCAAACACUCGCUGCUGCAGGUGAUCGCCCGCCAGGAGGUGGUGGGGCUGGUGGGCAUAGCGCUGUGUCCCGAGGAGGAGGCCGCGCGCGCUCGGCUGCAAGAGCUGGCGUCGCAGCUUGCGGCGCCUCCACUUUACAACGGUCGUCUGAACGAACUGUUGUGCGCCAUGCGACUUCAACGCAGCGCAAGCUCGGGCGCGUCUCAUGAACGAUACCAUUUGGAUGCAGGCGCCCAAGAAGACAUGAAGCAGUUCCUAUCGCUGCAACAACGUGGCAUGGCCCACUUGUUGGACACCGCGCGGAAGGACCUCGCCGCCUUGAACACCAUCGCGGAGGGCAUGUCCCGCCUCGUCCGCGCUUAGCAUAGCCUGACUGAUACCGCGGAUUACUCUACGCGGUUCGUCGGUUGGCUCCAGUGACUUUGACUGUGAGUGAUGUACUUUCUUAUUGCUCUACAACAAGCAUUCAAAUCUGGUUAAUGUUCCAUGGAUUGUUAAAUCAUGCCAUCGUGGCUCUAGUGAUUAUAACUAUAACUGUGUAUAAGUGAAAUGUGCGUUCUUAAUGUUCUACAACAAGCAUUCAAUUAUAGAUAAUGUUCCAUGGAUUGUUAAAUUAAGCCAUUGUGGCUCUAGUGAUUAUAACUAUAACUGUCUAUAAGUGAAAUGUGCGUUCUUAAUGUUCUACAACAAGCAUUCAAUUAUGGAUAAUGUUCCAUGGAUUGUUAAAUUAAGCCAUUGUGGCUCUAGUGAUUAUAACUAUAACUGUCUAUAAGUGAAAUGUGCGUUCUUAAUGUUCUACAACAAGCAUUCAAUUAUGGAUAAUGUUCCAUGGAUUGUUAAAUUAAGCCAUUGUGGCUCUAGUGAUUAUAACUAUAACUGUCUAUAAGUGAAAUGUGCGUUCUUAAUGUUCUACAACAAGCAUUCAAUUCUGGUUAAUGUUCCAUGGAUUGUUAAAUUAAGCCAUUGUGGCUCUAGUGAUUAUAACUAUAACUGUCUAUAAGUGAAAUGUGCGUUCUUAAUGUUCUACAACAAGCAUUCAAUUAUGGAUAAUGUUCCAUGGAUUGUUAAAUUAAGCCAUUGUGGCUCUAGUGAUUAUAACUAUAACUGUCUAUAAGUGAAAUGUGCGUUCUUAAUGUUCUACAACAAGCAUUCAAUUAUGGAUAAUGUUCCAUGGAUUGUUAAAUUAAGCCAUUGUGGCUCUAGUGAUUAUAACUAUAACUGUCUAUAAGUGAAAUGUGCGUUCUUAAUGUUCUACAACAAGCAUUCAAUUAUGGAUAAUGUUCCAUGGAUUGUUAAAUUAAGCCAUUGUGGCUCUAGUGAUUAUAACUAUAACUGUCUAUAAGUGAAAUGUGCGUUCUUAAUGUUCUACAACAAGCAUUCAAUUAUGGAUAAUGUUCCAUGGAUUGUUAAAUUAAGCCAUUGUGGCUCUAGUGAUUAUAACUAUAACUGUCUAUAAGUGAAAUGUGCGUUCUUAAUGUUCUACAACAAGCAUUCAAUUAUGGAUAAUGUUCCAUGGAUUGUUAAAUUAAGCCAUUGUGGCUCUAGUGAUUAUAACUAUAACUGUCUAUAAGUGAAAUGUGCGUUCUUAAUGUUCUACAACAAGCAUUCAAUUAUGGAUAAUGUUCCAUGGAUUGUUAAAUUAAGCCAUUGUGGCUCUAGUGAUUAUAACUAUAACUGUCUAUAAGUGAAAUGUGCGUUCUUAAUGUUCUACAACAAGCAUUCAAUUAUGGAUAAUGUUCCAUGGAUUGUUAAAUUAAGCCAUUGUGGCUCUAGUGAUUAUAACUAUAACUGUCUAUAAGUGAAAUGUGCGUUCUUAAUGUUCUACAACAAGCAUUCAAUUAUGGAUAAUGUUCCAUGGAUUGUUAAAUUAAGCCAUUGUGGCUCUAGUGAUUAUAACUAUAACUGUGUAUAAGUAAAAUGUGCGUUCUUAAUGUUCUACAACAAGCAUUCAAUUCGGGUUAUCAAUGUUCCAUGUCAGGUUUAUACGUUUAUACCUUAAGUGUCGCCGCACACGGGCCUCACGUGACAGCCACAAACGCCGCUACAAGAAACAUGAAGGGGCCACAUAAAUAGCUGAAGCGCGCGCUACUUGGUCGGUGGUCGACACUUGCGGUCGGUGGCUGCUACUUUUUGACUCACAGGUUUACUACGAUAAGAGAGAGAGAGGGGUGCGGAACCGGCAUCAACCGUGUGCCAUAUAAAAUGUAUGAAAACUACAGAAAAUAUGUCGGUAGCGGCUUUUUGUGGUUGUGGCCCGUGUGCGGGAGCCCUUAGUGACAUCAUAUAACAUGAUUUUUGAUAGAAAUUUUUGAUUAUACAAAUCUACGAAUUUACUUCUUUCGAAAUAAUAUUCAUUCUCUCCCGAGAAAUGCAACACUAUUAUGGAUAAUAAUGGCAGAUUGAUGACGUUUUCAAUGCAGUAGUCGAUUUGACGUUUGCUGUCAAUUGUCAUGUCAUAGUUGCUUUAUGAGCGCCAUCUUGUUAUAACUCAAAAACUUGUGUUUUAAUUUUAUUUAUUUCUUUUUAUUUAGUUUGAUUUAUUCACUUAUUUAGAUUUUUAAAAAAUCCUUAUCUAUCUAUCUAAUCUUAAUACAAGAGUGGACCUGAAAUGGAUCAUCUCCUUUGAUAUGAGUCAACUGUACAAUUGUCUAAGCGUAGCUUGACUUGGUCAUUAUAAUAUAUUCGUUUUGCAAACGCUGAAGUGGUUUAUGCAUCAGUGCCGAGUGGUUGUGCCGAGUGGUUAUACGUAUGCCAGUAACACAGUAUGUUAUUUUUAUUUGCAAUUAUGGGGAUAUUCGAAAACAUACUGUCUUAGGAACGAUUACUAUUUAUCAUUGAAAUAAAAUGUGAAUAGAUAAAACAAAGCCUGGGAUCAGAAAUUUCAAAACUGGAUUUGUAUUUACUGAUCCCUUUAUAAUGUUAUAAAAAAUAUAAAUUGUAUUAAAAUUAUAAAAUCCGCGGGCUUUAGUUUUAUGAUUAACUAGCCGACGCCCGUUCCCGUGAGAAUACGGGAAUAAAACAACCUGUGUCACUAGCAAAUAACGUGGCGUGUUCUAGUGGUAAUAUAAUUUUUAAAGUCGAUUCGGUAGAUCCAAAGAUUACCUCUACAACACCACAAACUUUACCUCUUUAUAAUAUGAGUAUACAUUUAUAAAUAAAUAAUUGUAUCAUACUAAUAUGUAAAAAAAAUUUUAAAGUUUGUGUGUGUAUACUUCUUCUGUCACAACUGCUGAACCGAUUUCUAAAAAAUUUGGAAUGGUGUUUUUUUCUGUAUUCGUAAAAAACAGAAUUUCGUGGGAACAAAGUCGCGAGCGUUCGAUAGAAUAGAAAUAAAAUUUAAAAAUUGCAUGUUUCUUGGUAAAGCCAACUUCAAGUAGACCAAUAUUAUCUAGCAAGUAUCCUUAAUCUUAGUAUCAUAUGUAGCAUCGAAAAUUCAAAGAAAAAAUGUUAUUUUUGUAUUCUUGUUCAAUAGAAUGUAUAUGUAUAGAAUGUAUUAUUAUCAUUAUCAUACUGUAACUACGAUUUAUUUAUUGAUAAAGAGAUAAACUGUUUUGGAAAAUGAUUAUUAUUGAUUGCUCGUUCGAUGUAAUACAAGCUAUUAUUUUUUGUUUUGUUAUAGAAUUCUAUGCUAUGAUGGGAUUCAAAGUUAUAAUAUAAAAUUAGUGCUUCUGAUUUUUGAUUUUCUUACUUUUACAUAUGAGACGUAUUAUGUCAUUUAUUACACAAACAAUAUUCAUAUGUAUCUUCAUAAAUGUUUAAAUGGCUAAUAUUGAUAUCUAGUUGAAAAUGAUGUAAUGUUAUAUUAAGUAGAAGUAAGUCUUAAUUUGCCGAAUUUCUUAAUUGCAUAAUGAAUAACAGAAUUACUUUGGUAUUUAUCGCGAAGACUUUCGGCAUUACUUGAUCGAUAUUAUUCAGUUGCAAUUACAUUAUUAAAUAAUGUUGUUUUUCAUUAACAAGUUUAAACAGGUGUAAAAUUGUAAAUUCCAAUUAAACUACUUUUUCAAAUAAA